AUGUCUGCUCCCAACAGGCCAUUUACGCUUGUCGCUACCCUGGUUGCCAAAGGCCCGAAGGAGGCCGAUCAAGUCGUUAGCCUCGUGACGGCAAUUGCGAAGCGCGCCAACGCUGAUGCGGAGCCCGGCACGAAAUCGUACCGUCUCACCCGUGAGGUUGAUGGCGGCCUCAAGAUUGUGGUACUCGAGGAGUACGAAAACGCUGCGGCGCUCAAGGCGCACCAGGCAAGCCCUGAAUUUGUAGAAUUGGCCAAGCAGGCGCCCAACCUCACGAGUCAUUUCGACAUGGCCUUCCUCGAUACAGUCUAUCCGUAA